AUGAAUCAAUUUACCCUCCAAUCGUGGUUGGAAUCGUUCGGUUGUAGUAAUUUCUACAAUCAUUUUAAAACACGCGGUUAUGACAAUCUCCAAAAAUGUUGCAAUAUUGGAAAUGAUGAUCUCAACGUGAUGGGGAUCCAGCAAAGAUCAGCUAGGAUUGCAAUCAUAGCGGCCUCGUGUCGAUUACAUCAGCAGCUAUCGCAAGGAAUAACCAAUCAGCCACCGAUGGCAAAGGCAGAGAGUGAUGAUGAUUUCGUCGAUACCAGUCGAAAUCGUUAUGGCCAGACCGCAAAUGAUGGCUACUAUUACGAGAUUGAAAAUGAAGAAGACACUCAAGAUAGUUCAUUUCCUUCUUCGCCAACGCGAUUUCAUCCACACCGUCAUUCAGAUCAUCCAUCGGCUAAUCCAACUGAUUCAACUGCGGCAAGAUUUCGAGCUACUAGCUUUACUGCUGCUGUGGAUAAUCCAAUCAAUCAAUCCAAUUCUGUCAUUCCGCUCCAUUUACAAAAUGGAGCAUGUCGACAAUUGAAAAGAUAUUCUCCGCUUGAGUUAAAAAUGAUUCUUCGUGAUAAAUUAAUCGAAGAUGGCGUCGAUUUAACACGUCAGCCCUAUAAUGCUGAGCAUGUUAGGCAACAGCUACCCGUCAUAGUUUUAUCGGAUCCCAUGGAAAAUGAUAUCAAUUCAUUCUUGCUAUAA